AUGUCAUUUAGAGACGCUCUAAAUGUUUACGUAGAAAAGCCCGAAACGAGAGCAGAAGACGUGAUCUUCUACGAUUCUCAUGUUUCGAUUGUCAAAGAUCGCUACGCCAAAAGCGAAUGCCAUCUUUUGGUGAUCCCGAGAAACCAAAAACUGAGUAUAACAAAAGCAUGGGCCUUGAAAACUGAAGAGAAAGAAAAACUGCAACCUUACAUUGAUCGGGCUUUAAAUCAUUUAUUCAAAACCUUCACUCGAAAGCAUGCGUGGAAAGCUGCGGCACUGAAGCCGUUCGAGACAAAUGCACAAUUUCUCAACUUCGAUUUCUUUGUGAAUACUUUCACACAAGUCGGUGUGCACAGCGUCCCAUCUAUGAACAAUUUACACAUUCAUGUUAUGACAUUAGAUUUCCAUUCCCAAAGGCUCAAAAAUAAGAAGCAUUACAAUUCCUUUAACACAGAGUUCUUCAAGAAUUGGGAACAACUGCCUAUUGAUACUGUAGAUACUAGACAUAUGGAAGACGCUGUUAUUAAGAAAAGUGAACUUAAGUGCGUGUAUUGUCAGGAGAACUUCAAAAACAGGUUUUCUCAACUAAAAUUGCAUCUGGACCAGGAGUUUCGAAAACGAUUUGAUUAA